GAGUGCAAGAAGCGCGAAAAAAAUAAGCCGGCUGCUGGUGACACCCAGACGACGGACUUGGCUGCUUCCCCCAUCGCAGAGCAGGUGUCCUCACAGCUGAGAGUAUCCACAAAAAAGGCAUUUCCAGACCAUCUUGUCUCAUUGCUGGCUUAUUCAAUCGACAACAACAUGACGUCUUCUGCAAAAUGCAUAUCGUCGGUCGAGCAAGAUUUCAAGUCCCAGUGUGAAAAAAUGAGCUGUGAUCUCUCAAACUUCGGUUGCAUCGACAGACUUCUAAAGGAGUCAGAAGCUCUGGCUAUGGAGUGA